ACCCGUUCCUGUGCUAGUGGUGUACACGGUACACACGCACACAAACAGUCAGUGUCAACCAUCUGGCCAGACCUUUAGCAUUCCAGUUGGUGUGUGUGUCCGGAGGUGGGUUUCGAUCCCGCCAGCACGAUAAAACGGUGUUUCCUGUGUUCUAUCGGUACAACUGGCAGCCAUCGUAUCGGCGCCAGAUCGUUCGGCGUUGAGAUUCAGCACUCUAUUGCUUUAUUUCAACCGUACCCCGGUCUUCUCGUGCCAGUAGCAGAUGGCGAUCCGGCAGGCUGUCGAACAACGGGCGGAAGACAAUGCAACUUCCACAUCAGUUGCGCUAUGGAUAGGACUUAUCAUUGCUGUUGUUUCGUUCCUGGUGCUCAUCGGGAAAGGUUAUCAUGUCGGAAAAAUUGACGACGAGCUCAUAAGUGCGGGCAGUACCAGCUGGGAAACCGAUCUCCAUGAAGAGGAGCAGAUACUUAUUGUUGGGCACAACCAACUAGCUACGAAUGUAGCAAAGAUAGAGAACAACAGUCUGCGCGAGUUCGACCUACAUUGGGAUCUGCGGCGUCACACAGUUUGGAGCAAGAUCAAUACCUCGCGCACGGAUCUGAUUCGUCUCCGAGCAGGCCACGUCAAUGGGCAGCUGUGGUACGUUGGGCUGAACUGCACCGAUUCAGCCUUAGAGGACGUUCAAACGGUGUUCGAGCAAAUCGACAUCAUGAGACGGAUGUUUGAAACACUUCGACAGGAUCUUUCACUAGUGACAUCCGUAUCGGAGCUGCAUACAGCGAUCCUGCAAGGGAAGAUCGCCUCACUGCUCGCUGUCAAGGGUGGACAUUCGAUCAACUCGAAGCUGGGACUGCUAAGAUCACUCUAUGCACUGGGCGUCAGGUGCAUGUCACUAGCGUCGGAACGCAACUGCUGCAGAUGGGUUGAUUCGGCGAUUGUGGAUAUGCGGGACAUUGGCACGGCCGAUAUGCGCCAUGAUCUAUCCCUCUGGGGUCGAAUGGUCGUGUGGGAAAUGAAUCGGCUAGGUAUGAUUGUAGAUCUAGCCUAUGCGAGUUACGGAGCGGCACUGGAUGUGUUGCGCCACAGCAGAGCGCCAGUAAUCUUUAGCAAUGCGGGUGCAUACACCAUCAACCGGCAUCAUCUUAAUGUGCGAGAGGACGUACUGAUACCAUUAGCAACCCAAGGAGGACUGCUUAUGGUUAGCUUCGAUCCCAAGCUGCUGGGAGGAUACACCAUAGACAAUGUACUGGAACAUCUGAAUUACCUGCGAGAAGUCAUCGGACCAGACCACAUCGGCAUCGGUAGCGGGUUUGAUGGAUUCGAUAGUGCAAUCGAAGGCCUAGAGGAUGUCUCCAAGUUUCCCAACCUAUUCGCCGCACUUGCCAAAGGAAAGUACACCGAUGGCGAGAAAUUCCCUCCGUGGACAAAGGACGAGCUGAGGAAGCUAGCGGGACUUAACUUCCUGCGUGUGUUUCACGAAGUCGAGCAGGUGAAGCAGGAACUCUCCGGUGAGCAACCUCUCGAAGAUGACGGUUUGGAAGAUAUGUUGGAUUAAAAUAAAGCUAGUUGGUCCACUUUCCCUUUUCGGACAUCGGGUA